AUGGCCGAAGUCUGGUACGAUUCCGCAGCAAUUCUGCCGGCGACUACCGCUGACUGGGCCGAUCGGAGCAGAGUCUUGGCGCCCAUUUGCGUUCAGGCGUUGUUGCCGGGCCAGAACAUGUGGUUGGUCACUGGCGGUGCCUGGGACCUUGGAACCCGCAUCUCCCAAGGUUUCCCCUUACCAUCCCGCGGGACGGCGAAAGCGGGUGCAGCAGACACGGGACAGCACAAUCAAUUUGCCGCAAGUCCGCCAUGGGGGCUUUUGUCGAUGGAAAGCGGGUAA